ACCAGACGGGAACAAAAAUUAUUUUGAUGGGCAACAAACAACAGCCUGUCAACCCAAAUGGAAAACGAACUUGAAUCGGCUUUGUAUCACAAAUAAUUCGAAUUAAUGGUCGCCAUGGAAAUUAGCUUCCGCUCCCGGACAAAUUAGACCUUCUAAUUGUGAUUUUGGAUUUUUUCAUUCUUAUCCACAUAACCAGAUCCUCAGUACCCGACUUUGUGGUUUCAAAUCUCAUAAACCCCUCCUUACCUAUAACGGCUUAACCCCACACUGUCUCCUUCCUCUCAUUCCUCAGGUCCAUCGACGCCAAAACCUUCACGUCUCUGCAUUUUGACUCAAACUUUCAAGAUCGCUUAAGGAGCUUAUAUAUUCCAUAGCUUUCCCGCCAAUUCUUUAUUCAAAACGUUUGCACCCACUUCUGGCCUAACCAUUUGGUUGAGGGAGCGCCGUGGACAGGUGGAUUAACUUAUAGGUUCUGUUCGAAAUGGACGGAUUCUCAGAAAGGGAAAGAGUUCUUUUGGGUUAUACUCCCAAAAAUCCUUUCGUAAGCUCGAGUUCUGCAUCAAACACCGAUCAGAGGAACUCGGAUAUUGAUUUCGACGACGUGUUCGGAGGCCCGCCAAGGCGGUCGUCAGUUCAAGAGAUGCGCUCCAGCUUCAGUGAAGCUGCAGAUUCGUGUGGGUUAAGAGGUGAAAAUGAAAUGCGGUCGUCUCUUAAUCCAUGGACUGGGAUCAGAGAGAAGCCAGUGUUUGGGGAAGAAGGGGCGAAUCGGAGGCGUUACCCAAGUAAGGAUUUCUUCGAUGAUAUUUUCAGGGGCAAUGAGUCUGUGAGUUCUUCGCCCAGAAAGCACGACAGGGACCCUUUCUCUUCAUCUCCUGGCUCCAGGGUCUUAAGCCCUGCUCGUCCUCUGCCGCCUAAAGCUGAGCCAUUUGAGACCUCUCUUCCUGCUCAAUUCAGCCUCCCCACCAAACUAACCAAAGGAGUUGAGCUUCCAACAUUUGGCUCCGGUUCUCGUGGCAAGUAUAAGAGCAAGGAUGGAUCUUCCAAUGGUGCAAACUACUACUCAUUCUCUCCUUUAUCUAGAUUCUCAAUUCAACCAAAACAGAGCCAAGAGGUGACAAAUGAUAUGGCUUCAUCUCUCUACCAGAGCAACCUUUUGGAGGAGUUAUCUAUUGGCAAUGAAGAACCAUCAACGCUGGCCAGAAAUGAUGGAAAAGAAGCUGCACCUGAUUUUAAAAAAAAUUCCACGGACCAGGAAGUUUCAAACAAUGGAAACCAAUUUCACUUCUCAAUAUACAAAUGGGCAAGCAGGGGAGCACCUGUAGCUAUGCCUCUAAGGGGAGGGCUUAGUUCAAGAUUUAAAGAAAAGGCUAUGGAGAGAUGCUCAAGCUCGAAUGGAAGGAUUGAGAGUGAAAAUCUGAUAGGGGGAUCAGCAACAACAAAGGAGCAUCAUCCUAAGCUCUUCAGGAUGGAACCUGAAGAACUAGCAAAUAGGUCGUUUCUUGGUUCAUGGAAUCAUAAGAUCGAACCAUGCGAGAGCAGUGAGGAAAAAAUCCUUACUAUCUCUAAAUCAGGAACGUCGAGCAGCCACGACAGCACUGUGAAAAAUCUUCCUGUUGAUACUACUUCAUGUCAUAGAGGGGAAGAAAUGAAACCUCAUUCUCUUUCUGAAAGAGGUUUAUCUGGUAUACCUGAGAAAGAAAUAUUUGUGGUUGCAUCAGAGGCUUGCAAACCUGAGUCGAACUCACUAAAGAAGCUGCUGGAUAAUGAUGAUGAACUAGGCAAUGGCAAGAUGACUAGUAAAAACACAAGGAAAGAAAGCAAAAUGGAGACUGCCAAAAAGUCCUCCGUAGAUCUUGAUAGACGUAAAACAAAAAAGAAACUAGAAGGGAAAAAGGACUCUCCAGAUAGUGGAGAAGUUGGCAAAGCUAGCUUCCGAGGUUCACCUAUGAACUCAGGGGAUCGUGCAAAGACCAGAAAGGGAAAGGUUAAGGAAUUUGUUAAAAUGUUUAAUCAGGAAGUUUCACUGAAUACUAAAGGUUUUGACCCUCAAAGUCGAAACGUUGGCGGGAAAGUGAGAGGCACUUCUGGAGGAGAGAAUAUAGAUGAUGCCAGCAAGACUAGAACAGAAGGGACAGCUCGUAAUCCUAACGAGGAAACAGAGCCAAUUUCAGAUACUCCAGCCAUGGUAGAUGAGUAUCCUCAACUCUUCAGGAAAGAGGAUCCCGCCAUAAAGAACACCAACCAUAUGUCUAAUGGUAUCUCUGGUAGAAAAAACAGCUCAGAAUCUAGAUCUGCAUCAGUUCCUGAUGGCUCCAAAAUGUUUUCUGGAGAUAAUGAUGACACUUUUCAAGUGAAUUUCCUGCUAAAAGAAUUAUCUCAUGAUGAGAAUCAACUGCUACAAACCUGCACCUGCCCCGAUGAGAUUCAGGCAAUUGAUGCUAAUAUACGAAAGUGGUCAACUGGUAGGGAAGGAAACAUCCGUUCCCUCUUGUCAACUUUGCAAUAUGUUCUUUGGCCUGAGAGCGGGUGGAAGCCUGUUCCACUUGUUGACAUAAUUGAAGCAAAUGGAGUAAAGAAGUCUUAUCAGAAAGCUCUACUCUGUCUUCACCCUGAUAAGCUACAGCAGAAGGGUGCUGCUUCUCAUCAGAAGUACAUUGCAGAAAAACUUUUCGAUAUUUUGCAGGUAAUGUGGACCUUUGCCUUAAAUUUUAUUAAUAAAAUGGUAUUUGUUUACUUUGUUUCAAUGUGAUAAUCAUCGCUCAAAGAGCACUUCUAUCAUUCCUUGGCUAUCAAUUUUUCUGAGGUUGUCUGUAGUCAAGUUUAAGAUAUAGGUACUGAUUGUAGGUCUUAAUAUAGUCAAGAGGCUCAGGAAGGCUGCUUUUUCGAAUACUUCGAUUGCAAUUUUGGAAAAUCAA